ACGAUAAUUAAAUUUAAUUUAAAAAAUUAGGGAGGGGUACGUGGCAGUUUAGGGCGAACCGCAGCCGUCUAAAGCAUAUCGUAGCCGCGGCUAAUACUCAACACUCACACGCAGACGCCACACGCGCUCUCUCUCUCACUCUCCAGCUUUCCGCACGCAAGUAGUUGCGUAAUCGCAGAGCCGUCGUCGCCGGAAUCUGACGCCAUGAGUACCGGUUUAACGAGUAGCCAGUCCAUUCUCAACAAGCCCCUCAACCAGCUCACUGACGAUGACAUUUCCCAGCUCACCCGUGAGGACUGUCGCAGAUUCCUCAAAGCCAAAGGUAUGCGUCGUCCUUCCUGGAACAAAGCUCAGGCUAUCCAACAAGUCAUUUGCCUCAAGUCCUUGCUUGAAUCCUCUCAUAUUUCCGGCGCCGCGGCCUGCUUCCAUAAGGUCUUCGUUUCUCCAUCCGAGAAUCGUCCGCCGGCAAGUUCCAAUUCAGCUGAUUCAGUUAGGGAACUGAGCGCCGACGCCGACGUUCAGAUCUCGGUAGCGGCAGAAGAAUCCGUUCAGUACGGCGGAGAGGAUUCCCCAAAACCUGCGCCUUCCGGAGAAUUGGCUGGCGAUGCUCCUCACGCAGAUAAGAAGGCAAUUUCUCCAAGAGAUACUGGUCUCACAAAUUUAUACAGUGGACAAAUGACAAUUUUUUACUGUGGCAAAGUGAAUGUCUAUGAUGAAGUGCCAGUUGAUAAGGCACGGGCAGUCAUGCACUUUGCAGCAAGUCCAAACCACUUGCCUCAGGAUGAUCCAUCUGGCACAACAACUGCACCUUGGUCCUUUCCAUGCCAUUUACAGACUGCAAAUGUCAAAGUUGACCCUUUGUGGACUGGUUCCACAGGGAUGCUAACAGAAGAUCAGAUGAACAGAAAAAUACUGUUGCAAAAGUAUCUUGAAAAGCGAAGAGACAGAUAUGCUGGCAGGUUGAAUUUGAAGUCGCCAAAUAGAUCGUACAGAAAAUUGAGCAGGGAACUCUCCCCUUGAAAAUCAUCAAGCCUAAACAUGAAACAGAGAGGAAGAAGAAACCAAGUUGGCUAGGAUAUAUUUGAGUUCCCUUUGCACCAGCUCGACCCCUCAACAACCAAAAAUUUCAGCAGCUGGGCCUCCUGUUCUAAUCAUCGUCCCAGUGAAUCCCCUGUUUCUGCAGUAGAAGUUUUGCUUUCACCUGAUCAAUUUUGUAAUUUGGAGAAUCAUAUUAUUACCCUCGCGGGUUUUUUUGUUUGUGUUUAAUGGCCUAUGGGGACACUGAUAUAUAGGGAGAUUGUUGAGGCCAUUGUGUGGACAACAACAAUGACAUAUGCAUGUGCAUUACAUGUUAUUUUAAGAAUUUGAACUUGUUAUUUGAUUUA